UGUUAUGUAGAAGGGGUUAUGUCAGUGCAAAUAACUUACCUCCUUUUACAUGACCAGAGAAAGCUCCUGAUUUAUGUGUAAAAAGGGACAAGUUCAAAACGUAUUGACUUAUCUCCUUAUGCACUACUACGGUUUGUGUAAUCCUAGCCAAAGUCUCAAGACUAAACGCCUUAAUUCUGAGCCUGCAGCCACAUCCUCAUUAUUGUUUUGACGAGAUGUCACGUGCAGACAAGUUAUUAGAUAUCGUCUUUCAAGCAAAGAAUGAUCAGCAAGGCAGAGGGCAUCAUGGAACAUCAUCCCCUGAAAAGCUACGCCAGAAAGUUCUCCAAGUUCUACAUCCAGUAUCUACUUGGACCUGUGCAACAGAGGAGAUAUUCAGGGACACAGUUUGUCAGGAACUUGUACAGGUAUCAGAUGAACAAUUUGAGUUAAACUGUAAUUCGCCAGUAAAUUCAUCAAUGGGGGCAGAUGAGAUGGCUCAUGCUUUAUCGAGUGAAGCUGCUACCGGAUUGGCUACUGUUGUAGAAGUAAAAGAAACAGUACUGGAAACUGUGGAAAAAUGCAUCGAACGAAUGGAGAAUGUGCAAAUUAGCAGGGUCAGAGUAAUUCUAGGCACCAGUUGGAAGGAGAAGUUUGGACAGAUCAGGUAA